GACUGCAGGCUGCGCUGCAUGGAGGGAUGUCGGCAUGGCUUGCAGCAGGAGAACCAAAACUUUGGUGUCCACAUGCGUGAUCCUGAGCGGCAUGACCAACAUUGUUUGCCUGCUCUAUGUCGGAUGGGUUACUAACUACAUCGCAAAUAUCUACAUCAAGGUCCCGAUGCCUUUACCGGAGAGAAACUUAGAAGAUGACAAAAAAGGGGACACUGUCCGGAUCAUGGAGCGGCUGGAUCGGCUGGAGAAUGUGGUGAACCAGCACAUUCAAGAGACACCCGGGAGGGGAGAGGACGGUCAACCGGACACAUCGUUUUCUGACUCGUCACUGUUUGCUCACUGGGGUCAGGAUCUCAGUCCAGAAAACCGGCGACUGGCGCUUAAGAUGUUCCAGUACUAUGGAUAUAAUGCCUACCUCAGCGACCGUCUCUCUUUCAGCAGACCAAUAGCAGACCUCAGGCCUAAUGGGUGCAGGAACAUUACCUAUCCGCUGAACCUUCCUCAAGUGAGCAUUGUGUUCAUUUUUGUGAAUGAAGCCUUGUCUGUAAUCCUGCGGUCCAUUCACUCUGCUAUCAGCAUGACACCUUCCCAUCUUCUCAAAGAGAUAAUCCUGGUGGACGACAACAGCAAUAACAAUGACCUGAAGGAGAAGCUUCAGGAUUUCGUGUCAGAGACUAACAGCCAGCGUCCGGGAUUCAUUAAAAUGGUGCGACAUACCAAACAGGAGGGUUUGAUCCGGUCCAGAGUGAGUGGAUGGAGAGCUGCCUCUGCCCCAGUUGUUGCCCUGUUUGAUGCCCACAUCGAGUUCAACGUUGGCUGGGCUGAACCUAUCCUACAAAGAAUUAAAGAAGACAGAACCCGCAUAAUAUCCCCAUCAUUUGAUAACAUCAAGUAUGACACCUUCGAGAUUGAAGAGUACCCGCUGUCUGCCCAGGGCUUUGACUGGGAGCUGUGGUGUCGCUACCUCAAUCCCCCCAAGAACUGGUGGCACAAGGGGAACAAGAGUGCACCAAUCCAGAGCCCGGCCCUGAUUGGCUGCUUUGUGGUGGACAGGCUGUACUUUGAGGAGAUUGGUCUACUGGAUGAAGGGAUGGAGGUGUACGGGGGAGAAAAUGUGGAGCUGGGCAUCAGGGUGUGGCAGUGUGGAGGCAGUGUGGAAGUCCUGCCCUGCGCCCGGAUAGCCCACAUAGAGCGUGCCCAUAAACCCUACACUGAGGAUCUGACCUCUCAUGUGCGGCGAAACGCCCUUAGAGUCGCUGAAGUGUGGAUGGACGAGUUCAAAAGCCAUGUCUACAUGGCUUGGAAUAUUCCCAUGGAGGAUUCAGGGAUUGAUAUUGGCGACAUCUCUGAGAGGAAGGCUCUGAGGAAGAGGCUGCAGUGCAAAACUUUCCGCUGGUACUUGGUCAACAUCUACCCUGAGAUGAGGAUGUACAGCGACACCAUCGCAUAUGGAGUACUGAAGAACUCUCUGAAGACCGAUCUGUGUCUGGACCAGGGCCCGGACAGUGACAACGUCCCCAUCCUGUAUCUUUGUCAUGGGUUGACACCACAGAAUGUCUACUACACCAGUACUCAACUGCUCCACAUCGGGCUCCUCAGUCCCACCAUUGAUGACGACGACAACAAGUGCCUGGUGGAUGUGAAUGGCAGGCCGCGCCUCACUGAGUGCAGCUAUGCUGAAGCGAAACGCAUGAAGCUCCACUGGCUCUUUACUCAGGGAGGAUCCAUUCAAAACAGGAAAUCAAAGAGAUGCCUGGAGCUUGUAGCAAGCAGCGACAAUGAGUUUGGCUACCAACUGGCUCUUCAGAAAUGCACUGGACAGAAAUGGUUCAUCACGAAUGUGCUGUUUAGCAGCUCCCUAUGAUCAACUGCUAAAAGCAACACUACACUCAAUGGCAACUGGACCGGGGGAAGUUCUGGAAAUAUUUCUGUGCACAUGUCAGUGUGUGUAUGCUGAGUGAAAAGAUAAUGAGCAGGAAAAUGGUGCAUGGUUAAAUGAGUUCACUUAGAGCGACGUGAUGUCAUCCGGUGAGUGGUCGGCAUCUCAUCUUAAAUGUUAAACAUUUUUUUCCCAUCAGGAUCAGAUGGUGGACGUUUUGCUGAUUUUACAAGGUAGUAUAUUAAGUAUAUUUUGUGGCAACUACAGUACUGUCAGAUUUUUUUGUUGAUGUAGAAGAUGUUAUGGGUCUGGUAAGAUUUUGUACUUUGCUUAAAUUUGCUACUGUGUAGCAAGUUUUCUGACUUUGCUCCUGCUGUAAUUAUCUUAUUUUAGUGUCUCAGGUUUGUAGGUUUAUUAUGCGAUUCAGUUGUGAGAAAUGUUGGAAUAAACUAGAAAAUGAUAUUUUCUAAAUGUAAAUAUUUUGAAUAUUUGUAAUGAAUAUUAGUAAAAUAACUGAUGUAAACUACUGAGUACAAGUGCCUUUUUAUUUUUUGCCAAAGGCACAAUUAAUGGCUAACCCUGACUGAAAUAAAAAAAAACUUUAAACCUGUUUUCCCUACGUUUUUUGAUUUUAUUUUAAUUAUUUCAUUCUUUUGUGUUUAUCAGUUCAGUGGAGUGUUGAGC